AAAUAUACCCACACACAGAAACCGACUCAGAGAAUGAAAGGGAGGACAACAGAGACAGACAUGCGCCUAUUCAAAUGAACAGAACACAAUAAUCACAAAAGAUCGUGCUGGUUCUGCUUCUUCCCUCUCACUCUCACCUCUGUGUUAGUGUAGCAGCUAUGCAGAGUGAGAUUCGUAUGCGAUGGCCGUGCUGAGAAUGGCUCAGCCUCAGCAUAACAAUGGCAACAACAACAACAACAACAGCAGCAACAGCAACAGUGUGAGCGAGCACUUGGUCAAACCGGUCCUCCAUGAUUUUCUAGGCAUGAAGCCAAAUGAUAAUUCACCUAAAACCGCCGAUAUGAGGUUGUCGGAAGUGUCGACAACCCUGUCUGUUGCCGCCUCUUCCGCCGGUACACGUGGCCCCUUCUCCACCACCUCUGACAUCGGUUCUGAAAAACAGGUAGGAAAUCAUCUUGAGGGAGUUCCAUUCUAUGGUCCUAGGAGUGAUUUUUCUGGCAGUGAGAUGCCUAACAGACUAGUGGGAAACAAGAGAAGUAAUUCUGAUUCUACUUUUAUGGGUUCCUCCCGAGAUGCCUUUCAAAUGGUCCCUGACUCCUUUCAAAACUCACAUAUGAUGAAGGUACUCCGGAAUGCUGCUGGAGGAGAGAGGUCUAGAAGGGCCAAUGAUGAUGAAGUGUUACUUGGUAUGCAGUCACCGAAGCCAACUUCUGCUUCUCAGAUAUUUCAGCCUCCCACCAGUAGUAAGAUUGAUGCCAAUAAAUGGGAACGAUCUAUUCUCAUGAAUGUUGGCCCUUCCAUGCAUCAUCCACCGCGUGGGGGACAAUUGACACCUUUUGUACACCAAAUAGCUUCAAACAAGAUUAGGGAUACCAAUGCUGGUCCUUCAUUUAUCUCUCAGCCAGCAGCUGAUGAAGGAUCUAGAACUGGAAUCAAGGGCCUUGGAAUUUUAAGUUCUAUAAACGCAACUGCUACUGCCACUGAGAAAACUUCUUCUGCAGCGCUGCUUGGUGGAAGUAGGCCAAAGCCUCCAACUAAUAUAAUAGAGUCAUCUGUACCUCAAAGCAGUCAACAUGGGCUAACAUCUGCCAGCCGCCAGAUGACUAUUUUUUAUGGAGGUCAAGCUCAUGUUUUUGAUGAUGUCCACCCUCAUAAGGCAGAUGUUAUAAUGGCUUUGGCUGGGUCAAAUGGUGGAUCUUGGUCAACAGCAUUCUCGCCGAAAUCUGCUGUAAAGCUGGUUAAUGGUAGUAACUUGCACAGUGGAGAAAAUGAAACAGGUAUAGUGAGUAAUGUCCCAUUCCCACAAGAGCUUCAUGGGAGAUUGUCUAUCAUUGGCAGUUCUAGCCAUGCCAUUGGACCUGGUGAUCGAGUAUCUACUCUUGCAGGGGGACACCAAGGAAGCAUUUUAGCUAAAGAAACAAGAAAUCCGGUUCAAGCAACAGAUGCCAGUUCUGAAGACAAAAGAGCACAGUGAUAUUGAGUUUGAGGUUGAAAGGUUCUGUUACUAUUUAUUCGAAGGCUCAAGAAUUUUCUCUUUAUUCUGAAUACUAGUGGGUGCAUCCUCUUUUGUCAAAUUUUCUUCUGAUCUUUUAACUUAUUAUUAUUCCCCUUAUUUAGUCUUUUUUCUUUAUGUGGGAAGCAAGAGCAGGAUGUUUGUUUAAAGAGGCCUAACAGAGA